GCUGAUAACAAGAACUGUGUUGUAGAAGUCAAAAUGAAUAUUAAUACAAUUGAUAUGACUUAUAGUGAUUUAUUUUUGUAGUAUUUAUAUCAAUAGUAUUCACUGGAGACUACGCCCAUGAGCAAUUUGUAUCAGUAACGUAGAUACGAAAAUAAUUAUUAAAAGGGAAAUCAUCAUGGCUGAACUUGCAGCAAGACGAGAGGCAAGAAGACGAAAGAUUCUUCAAAAUUCAGAAAAUCGAUUGAACCGGCUGCUGGGAAAGCCGAUCGAUAGUGAACUGGAUGAAUCAAGCUCCCCAGUUAGUACUGAUGAAUCAGAAAGAACAACUCCAUCACCAACGACACCUUCAACAGAACCUGAUGUUUUGCAAGGCACACCACAAGUGAGCGAGUCGCCAGGAGAUGAUGGUGACACAUCCUCCCCUUCCAGGUCUUCUUCAUCAGUGCCUGAAGGUACAAUGGUACACCCCCGCCCCUCUCUCAGCUCUGUGAGGGCCGCUCCUGCUGUGUCCCCUGUGAGGGUUGCUGGCACUAGUGGCAGUGGUCAGUCAACACAAAGCAAAAAGCAAAUCACACAAGAGACUGCUGGGUUGCUGCAGAUUCUGGAAAACCUCCGACUAGGGAGCUGUGUAAUAGUGGCCUUCUUCAUCAGAUGGGUGCUAUCAUCUGGUUAUGGAGUCUUCUAUGUCCAGUCAAUCUUCUUGCCUUUUGUACUGCUUCAAGUGGGACUGUAUUCGUUUCACUACACAUACAUGAAGGAUGUUGCCCUGCCUCACAAUAGCUCAUUGAUGUCAGGGGCUCUUGUGUUGUCAGGGAUAAAGCCAGAGUUUGUUGCCGUCUUUAACAGAACUAUGGGCUACUUCACUGCAGUCACGGAGGACUUUGCUCUGUAUCUCUUCACGUUCCUCAUAUGCAAUGCUGUUAUGACAUGAGUGGUGCUCUAGUUAGCACAUCUGUGUUUGUGUGUGUGAUGAGAUUAGUGCUGUUUGUGGGAAUCGCAGAUGGACUGCCCUGUUUAGAAUUCAGUUCCUGUCAUGGCAGACAAGAAGCAGCUGGAAUGGAGCUUCUACCAUCACCAUCUGCCAGGAAUGUUUGUGAAGCAGACAGUUGUGUGAGCUUACGUCAUUAUGCAUCAUUAUGUAUACCGGUAUACAACAGUAGAGGAGGUAAUGUGCACACGAGACAGGUGCCCUGUUAUGUGUAGAAGAGACUUCCUGAGAUGGAGCCAAUCAUACCCGUCACUGCCUGACCGUGGACAACAGAAUUGUGCCUGUUGAACAAAGAUGUGUCCACAAGUGGUAUUUAUGAAAAUAAAGAAACUACAUUAAGUACAACCAUUUAUAGUAGUACAAGGUAUUAAAUGACAUGAAUGAAAACCCCCAAAAGGAAAUUAGAAUGGUGCAUUUUGCACAAUAAAAUGUGCAUUAAUUGAGCAA